GAGCGGGCGGGGUUGCGGGGAGGUGCGAGCGAGCGACGUGUCAGUGGGUCAGUGCACGCUGCCGCUCGGGAGCCGGUCUCAAGGGCUGUGAGGAAUGGCACUGUCCCAGCUGCAGUGCCUGGACGAAGGCAACGUCAACUUUCGCACCAAUGAGUCGAAGCCGGAGUUCUUCUACAGCGAGGGGCAGAGGCUGGCCGUGGAGGCGCUGGUGGCGGAAGGGAUUCACGCGUUUAAUGAGACGGUGACCAAGGAGAAAUUGAGGGAGUUCCUCUCCGAGCUGGACAUCCAGCAGAUCCUGAGGUCGGUCAGGGAUUUCCUGGACGAAGAAAGGGCCGGCAGCUUGCGGAAUGAAGCCGGCGAGGAGCCGGGUCCCGAAGCGAAGCGCACGCCCCUCUCGCUCCACUAUUGGCCGGACUCCUCGGACGUGUCCCGGCCCAGCUUGGACCUGGGCUGGCCGGACUGCUCCGGGUACCGCGGGGUGACCCGCGCGAACGUGUACACGCAGCCCCCCAUGGAGGGCUCCGUCCACAUCAAGGAGAUGUUUCGCCGGAUGAUCAGCCAAGCGCAGAAGGUAAUUGCUGUUGUCAUGGACAUAUUUACAGACAUCGAUAUAUUCAAAGACUUGCUGGAUGCUAGCUUCAAGAGGAAGGUUCCUGUCUACAUCAUUCAUGAUGAGACUAACAUCAAAUAUUUCCUGAAGAUGUGCCAGAAUGCGGGAAUGCAUAUGGGAAUGCUGAGAAAUCUUCGAGUCUUUACUAUUAAUGGAAAUGAGUUCACCACACGCUCAGCUAAAACGAUCGUCGGAAGACAGAUGCAGAAAUUUCUACUGAUCGAUGGGGACAAGGCAGCGUCUGGAUCAUAUAGUUUCACCUGGACUGCAUCUAGACUUGAUCGCAACAUCAUCACGGUUCUUUCGGGCCAGGCCGUGGAAAUAUUUGAUAACCAAUUCAGAGAACUACUGCACUUUUCCAAGCCAGUCAACCUGCGCCAACUGGACCUCGCUCCAGAGGAGGAUCCCCCUGAGCCACUUCCACAAGCGGUCGCCCUCACAGCAGAGCAAACUGCUGCUAUAGCCAAGAAACUCAUCAAUCCUAAAUACGCGCUGGUGCGGGUCAACAACACGGGUUCUCAGUCCUCAGAGAAGAAGGCCAACUUAAAAGAGGCUGGCCAGAAGCAAUCAGAUGGGCCGGCCAAAGCACCGAAGCCAGCAGAAGCCUUCAUAGAAGAGCAGAUAUCUCAUCCAGCUCUAGUGAACCUGCCCAAAAUAAACAUGUUUCUCUAUCUGCCCACUUAUGUGGAAGUCCCUCAAGCAGAACAGCAACAGCAGAACGUGAAGGAGGUGCAACGCAAGCCUUGUCAACAAACUUCUACAAAAAUACGCACCGCCAAAGAGGGUGUCUUUAAAGAAGCAAUAAGGCAAAAGAAGCCAGCUUGUGAAAACCCCAGUCGGACCCAGGCAGAAGCUCCAAUGUUGAAAGAAAGCUUAGUUCAAAAUCACUCUCAGGCACGGAGAGGUGACCAGGACUCCCAAAGUGAAUCAGGAUUAGAUGUAAUAUCGGCGAAUGCAGUCACAGCUCCAAAGGUUAUGGAGGAGCUGGAAGCAGAUGUGGACCAAGAGGAAGUAAAACUGAUAGAAGUUCUUCAGAGAAACUCAACCUAUCGUGAAGAAGAAGAAGAGGAGGGAGGAGAGGGAGAGGAGGAGGAGGAAGAGGGAGAGGAGCAGGUGGAGGAAGGGGAAGGGGAAGAGGAAGAAGUAGGGGAAGAAGAAGAGGAAGAAGAGAAUGGAAUAAUAGACAGUGAAGCUGUGCAGGUGGAUUCACAUGCAUCGGCAGAUAAGCUAGAUGGCAAGAAACAAGUAGAUGGUGUCUUGGACGGCCUAGACAGAGAGGAAAGCGAUGAAGAAGUGGUACCUAUGUGUGAUGCAGGUGAAAGUGAGGAUGUUAGUAGGAGUAAUAAAGCUGACGCAGAUCAGAAUGCUCUCCCAGUGGAGUAUGACUUAAUCAAUCUAGAAGAUGACUGUCAAUCAAACCCUUCAACAAAUUACACUCCCGACUGGAAUACAGACAGCAGCUCCCCUCCUGAGCAAUCCAUUGCUUCCUCUGAUUCUGAUGACUUCUUCGACUGCACCAGUGCCCUGUUUAAAAGACGGACAACAGACCCGAUGAUAUACCAGGCCCAUAACGAAGUGGCAGUCAGGAAAGAGAAUAACUUUAUCAGCCAUGGUUACACUGAGAGGCCCCUGAGUAAGUUCGGGGAAGUACCCAACUCGAUGAAUGAUUUAAGGAACUGUACAAAAUCAACACCAAAAACAGUGGAAGCUUUCUUCAAUGAGCAAACAAUGUUGAGGGAGAAGGCGCUAAAUAAAUUUAAACUCACACUGGAAAUAAAUUAUCAAGACAGAUUGCAGAGGAACAGGUACCCAAUGUUCACAAAGACAUCAACCAAUUUGCUCAGGGCAGCUGCAAAUAACCAGAGCUUACGGCCACCUCUGGACACCAUUUCAAGGAGCCCCGAGCUGAGCAAAAACAGAAGGGAGGUAGCCAAACCUGUGAUCUCACAGUUGUUGCAUAAAAGUUACCCAAAACACUUGGUGCGUUCUUCUGUACCCGAACACCACGAACAAAAGCGAUAUGACAGCAAAGUCGCAACAGUUGGGUUGAAAGUGACCGAGUCCGAUUCAUACAAGAAGUCUGCCCCCCAGCAAGGGGUUUCUUCCAAGAUGGAUAUGUCUAUAGGUGGUACAACCACACCUCUGGGGCUCUCGGUCUCCAAGCUAUCAACGUUGAGGAACUUGAAACUGAAGUUGCCAGCCAGCAGGAUGGUAAUCAGUCCAGAGCCCUCCACCAAAUGACCACCUUGGAUCCAAGAUGUGGGAUCUGGUACAAGCCCCCUUAAGUUAAAAUAAAGCUGCUUCCAGUAUUGUACAUAAAAGGCAAGUGAAUGUGAGGUGGAGCAUGUUUACAUUUACCUGAUCUGUGCACCAGUA